UGUUUAAAAAAAGUAACAAUUUAACCCUUUAAAAGAAAUAUGAAAAAGAUUUUCCACUUUAACUCAAGACUGAAAAUAAGAAAAUUUAGUGAAAGUUAAAAGCAAAACAAAAAAAUUAACCCCCUUAUCAAAAUGGAACGUCGUAAGGCAAAUCGCAGCUCGUAUAAACUUGCCAGUAAAGAUUCGCGUACGAUCAGUGUUACAAGUUUGCGGCGUACGCGUUCUAUGCGCUCCUCCUUUCGCAUACUCCAAAGAAAACUAAAUCAAAGCAAUCUAAUCAAUUCUCCGUUUAAAUUUAAUACUCCUUUGCAUAAAUCUAACACAAAUUAUGAAAAAUUUCCCAGUGACGAUGAAAGGGAAGCUGAAAUAAAAAAUAUCCAAGAAACUUGUAAAACUAGUGAACAACUUUUUAGAGAUACAUCUCCAAUGGCUGCAACAAACAUAAACAAUUACCACACCUGUGAGCCCAGUCAGCAGCAAAUUGAGGAGUUAAUGUCCUCCAUGCCACUGGGUGAUGUGCCGCGUAAAGCUUGCAAAUUACUGCAAAUACCAGAAUCAUAUUGUCGCAAGUAUUUAAGUGAAUUGCAGCAGGAACAAAAACAAAAGCAGCAGCAGCAGCAAAAUAAACGCAUUUCAUCACAUUCUGCUGCUGCUGCUCGAGAUGAUCUUUAUUAUGUCCAAAGUAAUAAUCGUAAAAAUCACAUUUAUGAGGAUUUAUCUAAAAGUGUUGGCCAAGGAAUUUAUGGUACAACACGUUUGAGAACAGCUACAAUACGUAAACCAAUGCCGUACCUGAAUAGUAAUAAUGUACUACCGAGUAGAUUAAGUCCUAAUAAAAGUGCAACCUUGCGAUCAGAUCGCUCCUCGUAUAGUUCUAAACACAGCAAAAGCAACAACAACGACAACAACUAUCACUACAACAGCAAUUUACACAAUGAUGAUAAUAUAGUCAUCUUAAGAAAUCAACCUUCAGCCUCAUUAACAAAUACACUAUCAUCCACAAUCUCAUCAACACCAUCAACAUCAUCAACAUCCACAACAACUACAAUAAAUCAUCAGCAUCAAAUUAAUUUGCUACAGCAACAACAACAACAGCACCACAAUACAAGAAAUUUCCAUAGUCUAGAUAACAAUCAUUAUCAAGAACAACUGCAGCAGCAGCAGCAAUAUCAAUAUCACCAGCCGCAUCACCAUCAGCCAGAACCGUUUAAUGAACGUGAGAAUGCGACAUUCCGUUGGUCUGAGCAAUUGACACAAAAUGUUGUAUCAGUUGCGAAAAUACGUUCAGCCAUGUCAUGUACUUCACAAGAUUUAAAAGAGAUGGAAUUUUUAUUACCGCAACGGCAGCAACAACAACAGCAGCACCAGCACCAACACCAGCAUCAUUAUCAGCACCGCCAACAGCAACCAACACAUCACAAUAGUCUUAAAUUACUGCCACCGGCCACUCCAACACUCUCAAUAUCAUCCUCAUCUUCAAUUUCGAGCAAUAAUAGUUGCAGCAGCAAAAUGUUGGCGGAAAAUAUUAAAUCAAACUCUGCCACAUCCGGCAACAGCAGCAGCAACAAUAACAGUUUAAGCAUAUCACGCCAUUCCAAUUCGUACAAAACUCAUCAUGCCCACAAUCAUGUAGGUGGUGUGGCUGUGGGUGUUGGUGUAAGUGUUGAAGGCGUGGAUGGUGGCAGCAGCAGUAGUGGAACUGGUGUGGAUGAAAAUAAUGCCGAUAACAAUCAAAAUUUAGCCAUUUAUCGCCAACCGGCCAAUGUUCGCACCACAAAGGCUGGCAAUACACCACAUCGUUCGAAAAUGUCGAAAAAACAAUUAAAAUUGGCUCAGGCCCAAUUGGACAAGUUAACACAGUGUAAUCUGCACUUGCAUGCCCUUUUUUCGGCUGUUGAACAUGGACAUUUAGAUAAGGCUCGCACCAUUUUAGAGUCAACAGAUGUGGAUGUAAAUAGCAUUAAUACUGAUGGGCUAUCGGCCUUGGAUGUGGCCGUUUUGAGUAAUAAUCGUUCAAUGACAAAAAUGUUAUUGCAACAUGGUGCUUUGGAAGGAUCACAGUUUUCCGUUGAUAGCAUUGGCACAAAAUUGAAUGGUUUAUUGAAAGAUGCUGAAUUACGUAUUAAUGAUUUAAGCGGUCUGGAGGGUACAUGUCAACCUUCAUUCUCAUCACGACCCUCAAUAUCCAGCAUUAUUAUUGGCAAUACUGGCUCCUCCGUAACAGGUUGUACCGGCAAUGAGGUUGACAAACAAAUUGGCAUAUGGGAACGACGUGUCAAAGGUUUGCGUCGUCUACUAUUGGGCUGGGAUCAAGCAAGACCCCCAGAUGCGCCAGCAUCGGUUAUUGUUGAUGUAACGGGUGAUAAUUCAAUACAAGUGCAAAUGCUUGAACCAUUUGAAGGAGCAAUUGGUACUAAAUUCAAAGUGCAAUGGUCAACUCGUGCAGACUUCGGUAAUAUUGUUGGUGAACGUGAGCUCAUGGAUUGGCGCAGCUUUCAUGGUACUAUGGGUACUCAGUGUCAUAUAGCUGGUCUAACACAGGGCAGGCGAUAUUUUUUGCGUGCAGCCUGUGGCAAUGUUAAGGGUUGGGGUCCAUAUAAAACUUCCGUGCCAGCCAGUAUAGUACCAUCAAGUUGGCGUGAUCUAAAUAAUCGUGAAGAUCGUUAUCUAGGACGUCAACGCAUGUUGGACAAUUUAUUUACCGCAGUGCGUUUGGCACGACCAGCCGAUGUGUCUGAGUUAACUUUGGACACCAAUAGUCAGCAGAGAAGAAAUCCCAAAAAGAAGACAACGAUUAAGCAAUUAUUUUCAGUAGCUUCCAAAUUUCAAAAACAUCUAAGAAGGGGCAUUUAUUUGGCCAGUAUUGUGUACUGUGAGGAUAAGGUUUUGGUGACUAGUGAAGAUUUUCUGCCCGUCAUCGAAAUUGAUGAAUCGUAUCCCAGUUCUCUUAAUAGUGACUAUCACUGGCUAAUGAAGGUGGCCUGCACUUGGGAUGAUGUGAAAUCUCUGCGCACCGACAUGGAACGCAAUCUCACUUCUGCAAAUCAUUUUCGCACCAAACUUCUGUCAGCUGUUUGUCAAAUGCAAUCCGCCUUGGGUUUCAAUGAUCUCGGCCAGUUGUAUUACAAGCCUUUAAGAGAUGCUCAUGGCACCAUCGUCUUAACCUGCAUACAAGCCGUUAAAAGUCAAAAAGUUGUGUCCAUAUUAAACUCCCGCUGGUUACCCGUCAAUAAAUUGCAAAAGAAAAUUGGUGCUAUACAUGAGGAGUAUAACAUAAACGAGGUCUUAAUAACCUCCAUAGCCGAUCAAAUGCAAUAUCACCAAACAGCUUUGCAACGUUUAACGCCCGGUUUAUAUUUGGGUUAUUUGAAAAUGCAAUGUUCAAUGGAUCAAAUACAGGUGGUGGUGCCCGCCAAGACACCCAAUGUCUUGCCUCACUACAAAGUCAGAGAUAAUAGUCACAUAACUGCCGAGGAAUGGCAGGUGCUGAAGAAGGGCUCAGAAGACAGAUCGAACGAUGGACAUAGAAGUGCUAGUCCUUUAAGGCUAACAUUAAAUUUCAAUACCAACUCAGAAGCUACUACCGAGGUACAAAGAUUGUUUUUGUAUGACUUGACCACAGCCACCCACAAGCUGUUUAAGUACAUGAAUAUCAAACCCGAAGAGGCAUCAACCCACCGUUUAUAUGACGUGGAAGUGAUAGAGCAUAGUAAAGAGAUAAGCUUUCUUAUUAUUUGUCCCUCUGUGCAGUUAAGUUGUGCUGUGCCGGGACAAUCUGAGCUGUUGCUGCAACGCGAAGAUUUGGCUAGCUUAAGUAUUCAGUCCUUUGAAAUGAUACACUUAAGCACCUACCAACCGGGCAUAAUACAAAAAUAUGCCAGACUUUCGUGUAUUUUGGAACUGGAUACCGCUUUGGCUAAUCACUCACAAAGAGAGGCCUUCUCCACCUCAGAACUACAGACAGCUAAAGAACGCCUUGCCAAAUUGCAUGAAUUGACUUCCAGUUUAAAUGCCGUUUGGAAAGCAGUACGCUGGCUAAUGGAUGUUAUAGCAUUUGCUAGAGAUAAAAAUGCUCCACCUUCCGCCGCCAUGAGAGAGAUAUUAGAUUUUGGUCAACAGGUUGAUGAGAAUACUCAAUUGUUACAGCCUCCCAUUAGGGAUAUGAAAUUUACCAAAUCUGGUUCUGGUAGAGGUAGUUGGCCUGGGCCAGGAGCUUCCACGUCUGGCAAUAUACAUAUGGGACCUGAACACUCCAAGUCCGAGCAAAAUCUAGGCAUGAAAGCGAUCACUCCUACUUCAGGGACACACAAGCAAAUGCAACAAAAUCAAAUGCAAUCUGCACAAACUAACGCAGCUACACCGGUUACUCCUAAUUACUUGCAAGUCAACAACGAUUUUAUGACUUCCGAUAUGUCUUUGCGCAAAAAUUCAGGAGAUUCGGGUACCUCACACUAUACCACUCAGAGUUUUAAUUCCGCCAAUGAUUCCGUCGUAACAAGUACCAGUGAUUUUGGUCAAAUUUUCAACAUGCCACCAUCACGUUCAGACGAUACACUAAGUGAAGCGGCCAAGCAACAAAAUCAAAAAGCACAAAUUCUACAAAGAAAACGUACAAGUUCAAACAUAACACCCACUUCAACGCCAGUAACUCCUUUAAUAACUGUGCAUUCCUCCUCGGUGCCUUACUUGGGCAGAGAUUCUCAAUCAGGGGGUUCAUGUCAAUCGCUAAAAGUUAAUUACAAUGGAGAGUAUGAGAGUAAACAAAUCAAAACGGCCGAAAAGGUCAAGUCAGCAUCUAGUGUUAAUCUAAGAGACAAUGGUCUCUACUUGAAGACCACCCUAACCACCAUACAAACGGAAAUGAAAAAAACAAACUGCACUAGUUUAGAUGAAAAUCUUGCACCCUCCUCCUCAACGUCAACGAAAAAUCUACAGAGACAAAGCAGUCAAGAGGAAUAUACCGCCACUAGUUGUCCCAGCUUAGCCACUGAUACAUCGGAAGCAAUUAAUACUCCCUCCGGUAUCAUACAAGUCUAUACCGCCUACAAUACCGGCUUGGCAACAGGCACUAGUCUUAAGCUGCAUGUUACCGCCAAGACAACCGCACGUGAAAUUAUUAAUUUGGUGGUGAAACAAUUGAACAUGGCUGCUGUGCUCAAAGGCAGCAAUGGCCCCAUUUAUACCACCGAUAUGAUGGAUAAUUUCUGUUUAGUGGCGGUAAUUGGUGCUCGGGAACGUUGUUUGCGUGAUGAUUUUAAACCCCUAUUAUUGCAAAAUCCCUGGAAAAAGGGUCGUUUGUAUGUAAGACAAAAACAUGAGCUGUUGGCUGCUAUAGAACAUUCAAAUCGCAAAUCUCAUUUGAUUUAAGUUGUGAGGCUUUGAUAACGUUGAUUAUGUGAUGAAGGUUUGUGUUAUAAAUUGAAUUACAGUCCAUAGAAAUAAUUUUUUUUUUGUAAUUUUUUGAAGAGUAGAUAAAAUACUGGCUAUAACUUGCUUAGCCUUGGUUAACAUUAUUCAGAAUACAGGGGUAAAAAGUAAAUUUGAAAUAAAUUAGGGCAAAUAUAUGUCAUAAAAUAAUUCAUUGAAUUCAUGACCUCGUAUGUACUAUCUGAGAGAAGCUGUUAGUUUCAUUUGUAAAUCUUUUAACAACCAACCAAGUCUAUGUCACUUUAUAUUUCAUAAAUUUGAAUACUAAAAGUUUCGAAGGACCAAGAGUUAGUAUACAAAAAAUACUUAAUGUUUAUUAGACAAAAACUACUAUUCUAAAUGCAACAGCUCUCUGCUGCUAUCCUAUCUAAGAGAGGUUUUAACUACAAAAAUACUAAUAAGUACAUUUUUGAUUCGUAUUUUCGCUUCGUAGGACCAAAUGAUCCACGCAAGACUUAUUUUUAAAACAUUUUUAAAGUUUUUUUUAGCUGCACUGUUAUUUGAAGUCUUAAAACCAAAGAUGUUUGUCUAUUCUUAAUGAGGAGCCAUUGAAUACAUUUUUACUCCUCGAAGGACCAAAUGUUACUUGAUAAAGUAACUCACAAACUUGCGUUAUCCAGCUGCUAUAGGAUAUUUCAUUUGAGAUACUUGAAAGUUUAGUGAUUCGUAGGUUUAUAUAAACUAUGCAAUCGUCCAUGCGGAAAUUCCGGGAGUUGAAAAACUAAAAUUUCCCCAGCCAAAAUCUAAACUUUUUAAUAUCAAAACGGAAAAAAGAAAAAGCUAAAAGAAAAUUGUAUUUAUUUCCAAAUUGUUGAGCUGUAUCAUAAGAUUUUUUCUAUUUACUACAUACUUCUUAUUAAAAUAAUGUUAAACUUCGAAGGACCAAAUGCCACUUCAUAAAAAAUAAUAUGUGACUCUGUGACAAUGAUCCAAGUUAUAUCAGAACAAAAACUAUUUUAUAAACAUUUUUAAAAUGUUUCUCAGCUUUAAUAGGAUUUGAAGUAUUUUAAACCAAUAUUAAGAAUAUAAAAGGAAUCAAGUCUACAGCCAAUUUAUACUUGAAAUUAUAAGGUGUCGGUUCAUAUAAAAUAAGUUUCCAUGAUCGUGAUUAACAUGUUCGAUAUGCUUUGAUCAUCUCUCCAAUUGAUGCUAAUAAACUAAACUAAAUUGUGCAAUAAAGAGAAUGAGCGCUUCAAUGACCGGAAAGAUUUGUAAUUUAAAAUAUUCCAGUAAAUAUUUUACGAGAAAUUUGUGUCUAUUUUUAAAAUGCCCUUAAGGAGCUAAAAGUUGACAAAUUAUCAAUGAGUUUUAAACAAAUUUGUUAAAAAAAUAUUAUAAAUUAAUGUUAAUCUAAUGUAGUGACAAUUUUAUUGGUUUGGGCAGAUUGUCUAAAAGAGGCCCUUACUUCUGGGUCAUUAACUAACUAUAACCGAAUGAUAUACAUAUGAGCAAUGAAAAAUUUAUAUUCAAAACUUAAAGAUCUUGACUACAAAAUAUUUAGUGUCUUUAUAUAAAACAAUCUCUGAGAAAAUAACUAGUUAAAUCAAUAAUUAACCUUA